AUGUUGUGCCCAGAAGUAUGGAACUUUCCUCCACCAAAAGUAAUGAUAACCCACAGAAAAGACCAGGAUAUGGAAUCAAUAAACAAAACAGUGAACAUGAACUAUUUCUACAGAAGCUUAAUAAUAACAUGCCCUGAUGAGAUACAAACGCCGAGUUCCAUUCAAGAUUUAAUAACAGAAGACACCGAUUAUUACAAACUGUCCGAUUGUUCACUCACAGAAUUUGUGGAGCCAGUUUUCAUUGAAAGUUUUAUUAAAACCGGCAAAGUAUAUUGUUUAUCAACAGACAGAAAUUGUAUUAUACAAAAUUGUGCUGCUAUAACUCCUGAUGGACAUCUUGUAUUACAUAUUCCUGAUUAUGUUUUCCAAACAUUAGGAUUUGAAGGAACGAAGCGCCUACACAACUUUUAUGAAGUGAAAAUUAAUCUUAAAACAAUAAAGAACCACUCGAAAGUGCGGACAUCGCUGCAGAAGUUGGAUAAUUUUGACUUUAAUAUAACUUGGGAGCCAAAUAAUGAAGAAAUCUGCCCAUCAUCAAUAGCCAAGUAUUUCAGUGAGAAGAGUAUAAAUAUUUCAGUUCACUCAUUGAAAACAAGGAAUGUUAUCCCAUCAGUGGAUGAAAUACCAGCAGUGAUAGAUGUGGAUAUCGAAGAAAUGGUUGAGUGGGUGGGAUUACUGGCAUAUGGAGUAGACAUGACUCCGACAGAACAAUACAUAAGCACUUAUUGUCAACCUGAGAGUGAGAAUGCAAUUAAAACUGGAAGAAUAAGCAUUAUGAUAGCCAGUGGUUUCAUAACUCCUUCAUUGCUACUCAGCAACAUUGCUGAUGGAUUGAUGUUAAUGGUAGACAGAUAG